AGUAUUCGCAACAGUAUUACCAUUCCAUCAGUCUUCCAGCGACCAACAGAAAUCAACAAUCAUGAAGUGCAUCGCAGCUGUAGUCAUGAUGGCCCUCGCCGUUGUUGCUGAAGGAUCCGCUGUUACCUAUUCCGUCCCAUUGGCCUACUCCGCUCCCCGAACCACCGUUGUCCAGCAGAAUGUGGCUCCGCGUUAUAUUGCCUCCCUACCGGUGACUUCCUAUGCUGCUUCCGUCCCAGUGACCUCUUAUGCCGCUUCCGUUCCAAUCGCUUACGCCGCCCCACACACCACCGUCGUUCAGUCCAACGUUGUCCCACGGUAUGCUGUUCCAAUUGCCCACGCCGCUGCCCCAGCUUUGGCCUACAGCUCGAUCGAUUCGGAAGUCGUUGAGGCUACCCAAGUUGUUGCCCCAGCAGCCACCGUUGUGGCUCAGCCAGCCGUCAGCGUUAUUGCCCAGCCUGCUGUGGCCGUUGUUGCCCAGAAGGAAGCCCGCUAUUUGGCCGCCAACCCAGGAGCCGUUCAUGAUGCCCCUCUCGCUGGACACACCGUCUCCCAGCAGUCGCUGAACCUGGAACCAGCUGCCGGAACUCAGUAAAGCGCGUUCUUAUAGCAAUUUGAACAUGGUUCUUGAAGAUGAACGAAUUCUGUACAUUUCGGGUGUAAAAUAUGUUGAUGCGGAAUAAAUGAAGUUUGUUUGUAGUUGUAAA